AUGUCUUCGCAAGCAUCAAGCGAAGCCAGCCAGCCUCAACUUGCACACGGCGAAUCCGUUGCUCUUCAGGUCAACAAACAGACUCCCGUGAGGGCGAAUCAUGCGACCUUUGAGAGCAUGCUUACCGCACGUGUUCGAAUAGCACCAGAUUACGCCCCCUACAAAGGCCCCGCCAUAUCUACGCCCAGCAAAACGCCUGUGACUGUCAAAACAUCUUCCACAACGCCCGUAGCGAAGAAGAGGCCGGCAUCUAAUGCACUCACCUUCGUAUCAGUUGGAGUCGACACCAGCUCCCCCGGUAAUCCCCCAAAGCGACUCAAGACUCAGGAGACGAGAUUCUCACCCUCGACGACAAAGUACACGAAUAAGAGAGCUGUCUUCAACCAAGCUCGCCCGCCCAAGAACGCCGACGAGAUCAAUCAUGAUAUCUGGACGACCAUUCUAUCAUUUUCUCAUCCUAGAUUUUUAAUCCGUGCCAAGACGGUUAGCAAAGCCUGGUAUAACAUACUCGAGCGAGAGUCUAUCUGGCGACAUAGUCGACUCCUGCACUUUGACGAAAACGUCCCGGAAUGUCCCGAUGGUAUUACAGAGCAGCAGUACGCAGACUUGUUGUGUGGUAGGGGUUGCCAAAGUGCUUCGUGUCCUCGCGAGAAGACAACUGCUGUAUGUUGGGCACUUCUGGUCAGGCUUUGUCCGGAUUGUCUUCAAGCAAAGACUAUCAGGCUUCAAGACCUGCCACAGACUCGUCGUUACACGUGUGGACCUGCGGGAAUUGGUGCGACCGUCUCGCAGCCUCUGGAAGAUGCUUUGCCGAUGCUCUUCAGCUCAACAUCACACCGGACUGAGCUCCGAGAAGUCCGAUCAAACAAUGCCGGACAACUAUCUUACGCUGAUCUUUCACGGAUAGGUACUUAUCGCUUCUCGAGAUCCGCCUACAAUGCACUGGAAGCCGAGUAUCUUGCAAUGCAAUCCCAGCUGAAUGAUCAGGGCAUGUUGGACUGGUUCAAGAAGAAGCAAGAGCCGACCUUGAAGAACAUGAGUGAAAGAGCAAAGAUUGCAACUUGGGCACAACGUGCACCAUCUCCUAACUCCGGUGUCCUCAGGCAACGUGCAGAGUUCUUCAUUGCGAAGGCCGAGGAGCUCGACCCGCCAAUGGCGGAAAGCACCUUAAAGUGCUUCACAGCAUACAGGAAUGCUUUGACGUCCCGCAAUGCCCCUACUGAUCGAGCAUGGGAGAUUCUACGGAGCAAGAUCGAGCCAUUGCGACCAAGAGCCGAAGCCCUUGACAAAGCAGCGAGGAAGACGCCUCCACCAGCUGAUGCUGACACGCAAUGGAAUCUCUUGAAACGUCACAGAAUUGGCUAUCCUGAUCCGAGGCCCCUGCCUGUAGUUCCAGAGCAGCAGGCAGUACUAAGUCUUGCGAGACCGAUAUUUCAACGACAUAUGCAUAUGAAGGUCGCAGAUGCCGAUUUGCUGCUCACCACCCUGAAAGCAGUCUAUCACGAGUAUCAGAAACUAGAGCAAAAGCCGAGGGGUACCAACUUCGACGGACGAGUUGGUGAGUAUCGAUUGAGUCUUGACGACGCGCGCAUGAUCGUGGACCACGUCAUUGCUAGAGAGCUCUCUCCUCGCUCGAGUCGUGGUGUCGCUGUACUCGACAAACUUAGAUGUGGAGCCUGCGUAAACAGCAAAUCCCGUGACAAGCACUACAAUUUUGAGAAGCUCUUCGAGCAUUUGCUCGGCGUCCACGGCCAAACAGUCGGACCUGAGGAAGACGAGUCGCAGCAAUUUUGGCGUUAUGCGCUUGCCGAUCGUCCGCAUCACACGACCAGCUGGAACAGAGUCGGACAAUUUCCGUGGUACACUGUGGAGUGGCCAGCAGCACUGCCCAUUUUUGACGAGAAUCCCAGGAUCAAUGACUUGCCACCAUCGGGGUCUAGUGCACCGGUCCCGAAGUCUGCAUUCGAAGGCCGAAAGGCGACGAUGGACGGCGCUUCUACAGGUCUCACAUUUGUCGACUUCUUCAAGUACGCUGCACAGAAGCUACAUGGCCUUCGAAUGCCAGGACCUGCUUUGACGAAGAUAGCACUACAAUUCGCAAUCAAUAUGAGCGCUGAACGCCAACUUGAACUGCCCAAUUUGAGAGCAUUUCUGGAGGCAGUUCCGGAAAUUCAAAGACUCAAUCCGUCCAUGGACUUCAAGUUCAACUGCGGUGCCUGCACAAGAACAAGCAACGGCAAGGGAUCGUCCAGAUACGUAGCUAACAAAAUACCGUACGAGGCACUCGCUAUUCAUUGGUCUCGAAGACAUGAGAUCGCUUGGUCUCCAGUCCGUCGACGAAGAGGAGCCGAACAGAAUUCGAGCCUUGACGGCGAUCAUGUUGACGGCCACGAUGUUCGGCAUUGGACUGAAGAUUUCUGGCAGCUUCCAUCAAAUGUCCAGAUAGCUGAGGAGAUCGCAGCUUGUGAUGCCAAGCUUGCAGAGAGGAAGCGGGACCUCGAGAACAUCGGAAAGAAUGCGAGAAGGAUGUCGAAGCUCAAGUCGGGUGUUGUUCUUGCGACAAGACCAGCAAGCGAGGUAUUCGAUGAGCUCUUCGUCAAACUCUGA